AUGUUUUGCCUAGUCCCUCGCCCUUUUAUGUUCAUAAUCAAGGAGCUGAUAUCCAAUGGACAUGCGUGGAAAGAAUCUUUUUUCUUUCUUCGUAUCAACGGCACAUCUGUCCAAGAAAACUGCAUCUCCAUGUUUCGUAGCGAGUGGAAUUUCAAACAUGAUAACAAUCAUGUUCCUCCGCUCUCGGGGGACUUGGUUGCGAAUAAGGAUCUUCACCGUAACGGCUCGUUCUAUUGGACUUCGUUCACCCCAAAUAGAUUUUGGAAAGCGUUGAAACUUCAUCGAUCCCAAGGCCACUCUCAAUCGUUUGUUGAGGUUGAAACUUAUUCGGACAUGGAUGAACCUGCUUCCCACAUUGUCCCCAUCCAAAGGAAAAGAGACAGAUCACUGAAGAACAAAGGGAAUGCACUCGAUGAUAUCGACUCCUUUCGGAUGAUCCUCCAUUGCCCGAAUAGUGUCCUGGUUUUGUUUCGGGCGAUGGGAGUGGAACCAGCAAGAUCCCUCUCCCGAGAGGCGGCUUUGACGAUUUCUUUGCCAACCUUCCUCCGAGAUUUGAUACUUUUCUAG